GAACAAAUCAAUUCAUUCUAUAUUUGUUGCGUUUUUCUUUAAAAUGAUGUAACACGCUUUCGAACUUCCUCCUGGGAAACGAAGUUUUAUAUCUAAAACACCGCCACCUAACGUAAUGUGGUAGAAUCCAUAUGUACUUCAUUUCCCAUAAUUCAUACAGUUGCACUUCCUAGAUACGUGACACGUAGAAACAGCAUUGUGUUCAGACUAUCAUAGUAGAAGUGUGCUUUUAAACGACGGCUUUCCGACUUGUUUUAUGAGUGCAUACAUGUUAUUCUACCCCUAUUCGCACACAGGCAUGUUUAGUGGGAGUAUAAUGAAGCCACAGUGGCGCGUGUUGCUUGUGUAGCCUCAUAGCUAAGCUAAGCUACCUAGCCAACAUUAGGACUAGCGAACACGGACGCGUUUUUGUUUAUGUUUACUUUUUUCAAGAUGUACACUUUAUUAUCUGGAUUAUAUAAGUACAUGUUCCAGAAGGAUGAAUACUGCGUUUUGAUCCUGGGACUGGAUAACGCCGGAAAAACGACUUUCCUGGAACAGACCAAAACAAAGUUUAGUAAGAAUUACAAGGGGAUGACUUUAUCCAAGAUCACCACUACAGUUGGCCUGAACAUUGGCACAAUUGAUGUUGGCAAGGCUCGUCUAAUGUUCUGGGAUUUGGGAGGUCAGGAGGAGCUGCAGUCUCUGUGGGAUAAA